AUGGCAUAUUUCGAUACAAAGAAACGAAGUCUAGUAGUCGUAGAUGGCUCCCCUUGUGGAAUUAGUGCAAUACUAGCACAGAAGGAACAUCACAGCCAGCAGUGCAAAAUCCUUUCAUAUGCAAGUAGAGCACUCAGCCCAGUUGAGACAAGAUACUCUCAAACAGAUAUUGAGGGACUUCGCUUAGUAUGGGGAAUUGAGCAUUUUCGAAUGUUCUUGAUUGGAUCAGAAUUCGAUGCGAUAACUGAUCAUAAAGCAUUAGAAUCUAUAUUCAAUAACCCAAGAUCCAGACCACCAGCCCGCAUCGACAGAUGGAUGAUGCGAUUACAACCAUUCAACUUCAAAGUCAUUUACCGCAAAGGAUCCUUAAAUGAAGCUGACUACU